AUGCCAGGAAUUGUUGAUGAUAGUUCCGUUGAGAUUGCCAUCGUUGGCGGUGGUAUCAUUGGAUUGGUCCUCGCUGCCGGUCUUAUCAAAAAUAACAUAAAGGUCAAAGUCUACGAACAAGCGAAGGGACUUCGGGAGAUCGGCGCCGGAAUCGCCUUUACGUCUAACGCCAUACAAUGCAUGAACCUGAUGAAUCCCGGUAUCGUCAGCGCCCUGAGAUCCGGUGGCUCCGUCCCUAGUUCUAUGGAUAGUAACGACCCAAAUGAUUACGUUAGGUGGAUGGACGGUUACAACCAACGUCGAAAGGACGACCCUUCUUACCAGAAGCUGAUGUGUAAAGUAAAUGCUGGUUACAGGGGUUUCGAGGGGACACGACGUGACCAGUUCUUGGAGGCCUUGGUGAAAAUCAUGCCGCAGGAGAGCGUAGAGCUGAAGAAACGCCUAGAUAAUAUCGAAGAAAAGGGCCCCGACGGGAAGCUCCAGCUUAACUUCUCCGAUGGGACAUGUGCUCAUGCCGAUGCCGUCAUUGGCUGUGAUGGUAUCAAGUCGCGAGUCAGGGAACUUAUUUUUGGAGAAGAUAACCCGGCUUCGCACUCUCAUUAUACCCACAAAGUUGUCUAUCGCGCCCUUGUCCCGAUGGAAAAAGCCAUCGAGACCUUGGGAGAGUUCAAAGCCAAAAACCAACACCAUCACUUCGGGCCUAACGCCCAUUUCGUCCACUACCCAGUUGCGAACCAGACCAUGAUCAACGUCGCGGUAUUUAUGUCCGACCCCAACGAAUGGGAGGAGGAUAUUGUCACAGUCGUGCCGGGAUCAAGGAAAGACCUCGAAGACGCGCUUGCGGAUUGGCAUCCCUGUCUCCAGGCUCUCAUCCGGCACUUCCCGGAGAAACUCGAGAGGUGGGCGGUCUUUGACAUGUUUGACUACCCUCUACCUUACUACAACAAAGGGAACAUAUGCCUGGCCGGCGACGCCGCGCACGCGUCCAGCCCGCAUCACGGCGCGGGCGCGGGGUGCGGCAUCGAAGAUGCGCUGUGCUUAUGUACGUUAAUGGGCCAGGUCACCGAGACGCUCCGAUGGGAUCCAUCUGCAGCGACAAGGAAACACGCGGCGCUGUGCGCGGCGUUCGAGGUAUUUGAUCUGAUGCGACGCACGAGAAGCCAGUGGCUCGUCAACAGCAGCCGUCGCGCGUGCGAACUAUACCAGCAGCCCGAAUGGGGCGACGAGGCCAAGUGGACCAAAGCAGAGACGUGCUUCGAGGAGCUUCGGGACCGGUCCUAUAAGAUCUGGCGCUUCGAUUACGAGGAUAUGAUUAGGAGAAGCAUUGAGGAGUAUGAGAAGAGACGACCUGCGGCGAAGGACUUUGAGAAUGGGAUGGUAUGA